UAUUAUUUAAAUAUUUAAAAAAUUGAAAUUGAAAUAAAAAAUUCACGCCAACUUUCGGAAAUAGUUUUCGUUCGACAUCCAAAAUUUAAAGUUACGCCCUUGCGCGGGCAACUAAACCUUCGCUGCAAACCUUACUAUACGAGUAUACCGAGAAUGUGCUCUAAACGAUGCAAACAUUCACUGAAAGACCGAGUUCCUACAUGUGGCUUAGAGCGCAAGCCAUAUGAAUCUCAUAUAGCAGUUGGUACUUGUAUGCUUCAGAAAGAAGAUAGCGUCGACUGUGAUAAAUGCAGGCCGUUAAAUGGUACCAUUGAACACAUCUGCAUGUGUAAACCUGAGCAGUCGGGAUCGAAGCUAUCAAGUCAACAUGAAGCGACGACUAUAGCGGACUCACAGCAGCCGCUUUUACCACAACAACAAAACAGUACAGAAUUCCAAGAAUCAAACGAAAAUACUGGUAAAGAAAUUCCUGCUGAGAAGCCCAGUUUAAAGGCUCAACACUCAAACAAUGGUUUAAGGAACCGCGAUCAAAUGCCAACGCACAUAAGUUACAUGGACGAAUGGGAGGCUAUGGGUAUUAUGUUGGCGACAAAUGGACGAAUUUGGGGUCUGGAAGAUAGAGGAUUUGCUAGACAAUACAAAGCCGCAUUAAGCGCCAUAAAUACUAAAUUUGAAGAGGAAGCAGCCAAUAUGACCGGACAUGCGACUUAUUAAAACAAUCAGAUGGUUUUCAUUUCCUUUACAUAAAUGAAAAAAUAAUUCCUUAUGCCUAGCACGCAAACAAAUUUUCCGAUUGACCUCCACUUCAUGCAUAUUUGUACACAUGUAUUUAAGAUGCGAUGAUAGGUUUGGUAAGGUUGGUCUUUUAAAUUUCAAGAGGUAUUGAACUGUUCAGUGGAGCUUAAAAAAAAAUUAACGUUUUAAUGACCUAAAUAAAGAAAUAUCCUAGCUUUA